AAGACCAAAUCCCUCCCCGUCCUCUCUCUUCGCCCACCCCCACAUUAUUCUCUCCCCAAAUCUGACCUUCCCUCGUGCGAGGCCUCACCUCUUCCGACGCGACGCGAUACGCACCACACGCGGAGACCAAGCCGAGCCCAUCUAGGGUUAGCGUCCCACUGCGGCGGCCAUGGACGAGGCAGCGACAGCGGCCCUGGCGGCGGCGAGGGGGCGGUGGACGCAGUGGGAGGAGGUGGUGGUGUCCAACGACCGCGGCAGCCGCCUCGUGCACUACUACCUCCGCGGCAACAGCGAGGAGAAGCAGCUGGCGGUGGUUGGGCGGGAGCGGAGCCCGCGUCACAUGUCGUACGCCGUGCAGGGGCGGUUCCUCCGCGCGCUCGCGGCUGCCGCCGGGGCGGUCGCCGUCGCGCCGUCGCCAUCACGGUCGCCUCUGCCGGCUGCUGGGGCGGACGGCGGCGCUCCGAGGAGGUGGCGGUCCAGACGGGAGGUCGUGGACUGGCUGUCCUCCCUCGUUUCUGGAAUAUGGAGAAUACAGGUGUGCCCCAGUGGAAGCAGCUGCUGGCUUCCUUUGGGCCAAUUGCAUAACCUUGGCAUUUGGGAAUAGAGAUAAGCGAAGCAGCAGCAUGAAUGUAUGCUCCAUCAGGUCAUAAUUAUGGUUCCUCCUCAAUGGCAACUAGGUGCAGUAGGGAUUCAUAUGAUGACAGUGUUAACAACUGCACACAAGUUACUGCUUCGAAGGAUGUUUCUUCUAGGGAACCUUCAAAUGUCUUCACAUGGUUAGGAGCUCCAUGUUAUUGCCCACAACGUUUGAAGCACUACAAAUCUUUCUGCCGUAGAGGAAUUACUAUCUCGGUGCAUAGUUUUGUAUUCAUCAUGAGUGAAGAGAUGAAGAGACUUAUUGCUUAUGUGGAAGAUCUCUACGAGGAUACAAACUCAUGCAACAUGGUCAAGGUACAAUGGUUCGACAAAGUUGAUGAGGUUGGUGUUCCCUUGCCCAUGGAUUUCGAUGACAGGGAGAUCUUCUUCUCUCUGGGUCGUCAAGAUCUCAAUGUAGAAUGCAUUGAUGGAUUGGCUGCAGUCCUGAGUGUCCAGCACUACGAGAAGUUCAAGGGUGAUACCAGAUACAACUUGUGGCAACCUUAUUUUUGCUGUCGGCAGAUUGAUAAUGGUGACAUCAAACCUUUUGAUGUCACACAGCUGCAAGGCUACUGGAGCCAGGAAGUACUUAGGACCAUGUUCAAUGCAACUUCCUCUCUGAAGGUGCGUUUCAAGGUCCCUAAAUCCAGACCCAGUUCAGAUGGAGGGCUGAAGAGGAAGCGUGAUGCAUUCAACGAUGAUGCUAAUCCACAGAAGUUCAUUUCUUCUGGUGCUUCUACUUCUAGGUUUUAUGGUGAGAACAUCCAACAAUUGUGUCCUGGUUGCCAUGUGGAAGUACUCUCUCAAGAUAGUGGUAUAAGGGGAUGUUGGUUUAGAUGUUUGAUUCUGAAGAGGCAUAAAGAUAAAAUCAAGGUGCGCUACCUAGAACUUCAGGAUGCUGAUGAGACUGGAAACUUGGAGGAGUGGGUUAUGCUAACACGAGUUGCCAAACCUGAUCAACUGGGUGUACGUUUCCUUGGAAGGCCAAUGGUUCGUCCACAGCGCGUGGAACAAAGCAAGGCCUCAUGCUUUGAUGUUGGAGCCAUUGUUGAUGCGUGGUGGCAUGGUGGCUGGUGGGAGGGAAUCGUGCUGUACCAGGUGGGCAGUGGGCGUCUACAAGUUUAUUUUCCAGGAGAAAAGCGAACAGCUGAAUUUGGUGAAGAUGAGCUGAGGUGUUCCCUUGAGUGGGUUGGUAACAAAUGGAAUCCUUUGAAGGGAAGAAAAGAUGUCACAAGCAAGCUGACCUCCACUGCAGAUUGUGGAAGUGAAUAUUUGAUUGCGAAACAAGAUCCACUGAAUUUUCAUGUGCCUAAAAAUUCAGAACCUCAACUAGAGGGACAUCAAUAUGACAAGAGGGGUAUUGAGAAAUCUUCAGUCAGCACAAUUUCACGAGAUCAGAAACGUGUCCUUGCCGACCUGACUAAUGAUUUGAAGUUAGAUAACUUGAGGUGGAGGCCAAGAAAGAGGAGCAGAAGAUCUGGCUCAAGAAAGCAGUCGGACACAAGCAGUGGAAGCAGCAGCGGGGACAUGGACCUGUUCAGCCCCAGCCCCAGUGGAAGCUUUGGUCAACAUAAUUUAGUGCCUGACGAGGAGACAUGCAAGAGCAGUGGAGAGCAGACUUUUAUGGGUGUGCCUGUGCAGGUUCCCAAUCUUGUGAUGUCCAGGUGAAAGCCAUCUUAGCACCGGUUGAAGAUUAACAUGUUAGCUUCUGGAGUUACACCGACCUUGGCGAGAUGUGGUUUUGUGCAUCCCCAGGUUAUUUUUGCCAGCACAACCCAGAUCCAGUUUUCUGCAGUUUUUUUGGAGGCUCAUCAGCUGUGAUCAGUUAGAUGUGAAAAUGUCUCACCAAGAACCAGUAUACAGUUUGUAUGUAGGGAGAGAAGAAAAUGCUCGGUUUGGUUUUGGUUUUAGAGCUUUCAGUUUUUUUUCUUUUCUUUUCAAUCCUAGUCUUUGUUGUUUGAAGGACAGGUCCUAGAUUUGACAUAGCCUCUUUACAUCGGUUAUUCUUUCCCAUAGUUGUCAGUACUUGGUAGUCCUUGUUUUUUAUUUGUCCAUGCAGUCUUGUAGCAGUCGCGCGCCUUACGUAAAAUUAUCCUGAACUGAACUCAGUGAAAUGUCACAAAAUAGUGCUUAUUGCCUAUUUCUGUGUUCUUUUAAAUGUCAGUUAGGGUACUAGUUGGGUUA